AAAUUACAUGUGUGGAAUAUAUAAACUGAUAUGACACAAUAAUAUUUAUUACUUAUCAUUCUCGUGAAAUCGUUUCGCUUAUUUCUUAAUGUAUUGACGCUACCAUAAUCAUUAAUUUCAUUUUUAAGCGUUUGAAUUUGCCACGUAAUGAUGACGUACAAGCUGCAAUUCUCAUUGGUUGUCUGGCUUUACCAAGAGCAUACCCUUGUAUUUCUACUAUACAUGCUUGCAUCAUGGGUAGAUACAAUGGCCUCUCGCUCUCGUUCGCUUCUGAUACGGUGAACUGAUAGUGCAUCGAAAAGUUCUCGAAAGCGUGUCUGUUCUUCGUGUUUUCAGAAUCCUCUGCUCGUAGUUGAGCUAUAGUUUGCAAAUCGUUUACUCAUCGCGAUCCUCGCACGGAGACUCGGAACGUGUUGACAUUCAAGCCUGCACCGCCGCUGCCCCGCUGAUUGCCGCACGUACACCUCGCCUCACGAGCGAUCAUCGUUGCGGGUCGGGUAGUACAAUGGCCGAUGUGGAAGGGAAAAAGCUGACCGAGCUCCGGGUUAUAGACCUCAAAACGGAGUUGGAACGUCGCGGUCUGGACAAAUCCGGCAACAAAGCGGCGCUCCUCGAACGGCUCUCUAAGGCGAUACUGGACGAAGGCGAGAAUCCUGAGGAGUAUCUUAUCAUACCAUCUGGUGGGCCGUCUAAAAUCAUUCCAAGAAAAAAUGGUGGAGCUAUAAGUCAAGACGAUUCUACUGACAGAGUAUCAGAGUGCUCUGAUACUUUGAUAAAGGACGAAAAUGUUGAUGGACAGGAUAUAGAUAAAAGUAAGGUAGAAAUAAAGAUAGAAUCUGAGGAGAAAGAAAUUUCUAUCAAGAAAGAAAUAAAGGAGGAACCCCCCGAACUUGAAAUUAAAACUAUUAUUAUUAAGGUGGAAAAACUGGAAGACAAGAUGCCAGGAAUCAAGGCUGCGGGCGAAAGUGUACAGAACAACGAGAAGAAAAGUGAGGUAGAGAAGACUAUCUCGAAUCAAACUCCAGAUGCGCCGUCUGCCACUGUUGAAGCUAACGGAAUUGACAAUGAGGACUCCAUAAAUUUGACUAUAGGAGAAGAUGAGGAGAAUCUCCUAGCUGAGGAGACAGAGUCUCACGACAGGCACAAAGAUGGUGGAGAGAAGAAGAAAGUGGAAGAGAACAGCAAGAAGGGAGACUCGAAAGGCAGCGGUAGAGCGGAACCUGGCACCGGCGGCAAGGAAGGGACGACGUCCGGCGCGAACGGGACGAAGAUCAAGCAGGAGGGUGGUGAUGGAGGAAGCAAGAGUGUGGAGUCUGGCAAUAAGGGUCAAAAAAGAGAAGAGAAAGAUAAAAAGACAUCUCAGAUCAGUCUCACCAAUGCAAGCAGUCGCAAUCUAUGGGUGUCUGGCCUGUCGUCCAGUACUCGUGCGACCGAUUUGAAGCAGAUCUUCUCGAAGUACGGUAAGGUCAUAGGCGCAAAAGUGGUGACAAAUGCGAAAACACCUGGAGCAAGAUGUUACGGUUACGUCACCAUGUCUUCGAGCGAAGAUGCUGCGAAAUGUAUACAGCAUCUGCACAGAACCGAGCUUCACGGACGCGUCAUUUCCGUCGAGAAGGCGAAAGGUGAUACGCAACAAAGUCACGUACGUAAACGUGAUACAGUUAAUGGUAAAUCGGAGAAAAAAGAGGAGAAAGAAAAGCCGAAGGAUCAUGAUAUAAACGAAAGAAAGGAAAAGGAAAUAAAGAAGGAAUCUGAAGAGAAAGUAUCAGAUGCCACAAAAAAAUCUGAUGACAAAAAUGAGAGUGCCGAACUGAAGAAAAUCGAAAUGCAAGACAAGAAGGAAGAUCCAUCUAAAGAGUCCGAUUCUCGAUCGAUAAAAUCUACUAGCAAGAAACCGGAAAGCGAGAGAGGAAGGCGAGAGGAAAAACGGAUUCGUACUUGGGACAAGGAUCACCGGUCUCACAGUCGUUCGCGGAGCCGCGAACGACGGAAGCGUGAUGAUGUUCUCACAUUUGCUAAAAUCAGAGAAGAACGUGAGCGGCAAAGAUUGCGCGAAAGGGAGCGGAUGCUGAGGGAGGAGCAACGAAGAAGAAGGGAGGACAUGGAACGUCAACGAGAGAUAGAGCGCAGACACCGCGAGGAGGCUGCGCACUUGGAGAGAGAACGCGAGAAGUUGAGACGAGAGAGGGAACGGAUCGAGCAGGAAAAGGCCGAAUUACUGCGACUCGAGCGUGAGCGGCAGAAGCUUGAGAGGGAAAAGCUCGAGCGCGAGAGAUUGGAAUUGAAGAGACAGCAGAUGCGCUUGGAGGAGAGCCGACGCGCGCCACCGCCGCCGUCUAUAAAGAGAUCGUCCUCCGACAGGAGAGAUCCGCGAGAUUUGUACGUGGAGUCUGACAGAAAGCGAAUAGCCACGGAACACAGUCGCAGACACAGCCCGGACAGAAUUGUCGACAGGCGAAACGAGAUGCUGGAGCGAGUGUCGGAUAGACGAUUGGAUCCCUCGCCGCCGUCUCGAUACGAAUCUAGCAGAUCUACUCAAGAGUUGGGGUUGAAAAAGGAAUUCAAGAGAAGUAGCGAUUUCUCUUCGAGGAAUAGUCGACCGGACAGCUUUUCCGAUGUUUCCCGGGGAAGAGAAGUUAUCGUACGACGAGAAAGUCUAUCCACCACAUCCUCGUCCCUGGAUCCUCGACAAGUCAAGGAGAGAUACGAACGUCCGAAUACCACAUCCUACACUCGCGAGCGCGAAGUACGACGUUCCGAUCCCGAGACGCAUCGUAGCUCGAGAGACACUCACACGCGAUACAGCGAUAGUUUCAAACCUCCGACAUCUAGUACGCCACGUGAAAGUCGUUAUGUGGAAAGCAAUCGUACGCCCAGUGGUUGGCAUUCGGGAGCUACAUCCUCAAAAUCCUUUAACUCCGUGACGAGCAGCGGAUCUCGCGAUCCCCGCAACGAGCCUUCCAGCUGGAGCUCCAGAUCGUCCGAUAGCGUUAACAGGUGGAGCAACUCGAGCAGCAUGGGAAACACGCUGCGGCAUCCGAUCCCGCCGACAUAUCAGAGCGGGCCGAUGCAGUCGAUGGGACUGACCGCGCCUGGGACGGCGCCGUCGUACGAGCGGUUCGAGGCGUACAAAUCAUCGAUGCCGAUGAGAAAAUACUGAUUAUCGGACUGCGCGACUUUUCGCGGUCACGAACAUUCGUUCAAGUAAUACCAGAAUUCACUCGCGGGGAUGGGGAUGAUUCUCCGUACUUCUUAGCGACUACCUUACCAGGCUACCAGAGUAGUUUAACGCGCGCGGAUAAAAACCGCGCGACGAAUUGCACGUUAAUUAAUUGCGCGAAUUGCAGCAUGUCCGGUCUUGAAAGUAUAUAGGAAUUCCAAAAAUUCAUCAGAAAUGUUUUUCCGUUUCCGCACCUAGAUUGAUCGAUCAAAAAGAAAUCAUGUACACACUACAUUUUAUCGACGUCACGUUUUACUGCGGUCGAACAAAAUGUCAAUUUUUAUAUAAAGCUCGUAUUGUGCAUAAUUGAUACCCAAGGAGAGCACACACUCGUCAUAAUUUGCAAUUAUACGCGCUCCUUGUCGUUUUCUCUUACAUGUGUGCCCAUUCAUACCGUGCGACACAUUUCUAACGUAUUCAUAUAUAUCUAUAUAACGGACAUUUUUGUACAUGUGUUAAUAGAUUCCACUGAGAUGUCCCUGCGUGGUGAAAUGCGACUUAUUUUCCUAUCGGUUUGUAAAUUGCGCGCCAUUCAUUUGCUUUGCAGACGUCGAUCGGCUCAUGGAUUGACUCUUGUCGUCAUCCGAGACGCGGAUUGACUUUAAUCGAGAGGGACGUAGAGGCUAUAAGUGCACCUGUUUAUUUUAACGAGUUUGUUUUAAUAGCAUAUAAUAGCGAACAAGUAAUUAUGAUAAAGGAUGUUGCAUCGCAUAAAUUUCUUGUAUUCGUCGAAGAGAAGCAUUCUCUCUUUCUCUCUCUAUCUCUUUCUCUCCAUCGGAAUUUGACCGAAAUUUGUAUACUGGAUUGCGGGAUCGUGAAAGAAAAAUUGUAUGUAUUGAGUAAUGCGAUAUAGCUGCCGCCUACUUUAUAACAGCGAAACGCAGGAACUCGAUGUAACGGACUUGCGACGCGGUCGCAAAGCAGCAACGUAUAAAUAAAUUUAGGCAACACUAA